ACAUGAUAGCUGGUUCCUAGCUGGUCAUUAGCUGGUGCAAACUGGUUGUUAACUGGUUGUCCAUGUUCAAAAUCAUCUUGGCCACUUAAAACUAGUGUGACAAGAUAGUUUGUUGAUUUACCAGUUUGCACCAGCUAACGGCCAGCUUGAAUCAGCUAAUGACCAACUACAAACCAGCUACCAUAUUACAGCAAGCCAUCUCAGACGGAUUCUUCCGGCAGGGAAGGGCUUCCCAUGAAUUUCAUGGGUGUGUGAAUCCCAGAAGGCUGUCAUCAUGGCUCAUGACUGCUCAUCUUAAUGUCUUUGCUGUCACAUAAUAACGCAGGGCCACACAGAACGUUCAUGUUGAGAAGUAUUUGAGGACUUUAGCAAGGACAGUCGUGUUUUUCUGAGACUAUGGUUACUUUCUGGACCUGUCUGGGAAGUUUGAGCAUCUUUUGUGCUGUGAUAGUACAAGUGUCUGGAAUCAACAGAACCUUCUACAUAGGAAUUCAAGAGGAAGACUGGAAUUACGCACCGAGUGGCCAUAAUCUGAUAACUGGGAAACCUAUUGCAGUGGAUGAGUAUGCAUCAGUAUUCCUGCAGCGUGGGCCUCGGCGGAUUGGCAGUGUGUACAAAAAGGCGAUAUACAAGCAGUACAGGGAUGCUUCUUAUUCUCAAGAGAUCCCCAAACCCACCUGGCUGGGCUAUUUGGGCCCCAUACUGAGGGCCGAGGUCCAUGAUGUCAUCAUUGUGCACCUGAAGAACUUUGCCUCCAGACGUUACUCCAUGCAUCCUCACGGUGUCUUCUAUGAGAAGGACUCAGAAGGUGCGCUGUAUCCAGACAGAACCUCAGACACUCUGAAGAAGGAUGACGGGGUUCCACCGGGUGGAAAUUACACCUACAUCUGGAUUGUGAAGCCAGAUUAUGCUCCUCAAAAGGGUGACGCCAACUGCCUGACAUGGGCCUACCACUCCCACGUCAGUGCUUCACAAGACAUUUCCUCUGGGCUUAUUGGAGCCCUUCUCACCUGUAAGAAAGGAACCCUGCGUACUCCAGACCACCAUCAGAAUCUACGUGCUGAUGUGGACCAGGAACUUGUCCUCAUGUUUAGUGUGGUGGAUGAGAACAUCAGCUGGUACCUGAAAGAGAACAUUCAGACGUUCUGCUCUGAUCCAUAUGGUGUGGACCCUGCCAGAGAAGAUUUCCAAGAAUCCAACAUGAUGCAUGCCAUUAAUGGAUACAUGUACGGCAACCUGCCGGGCACUGAGUUUUGCCAAAACCACAGGGUUGCUUUGCAUCUCUUUGGCAUGGGAAAUGAGAUCGACAUUCACUCUGUUUAUUUCCACGGACACACACUGCUGGACCGCGGGCACCGUGUGGAUGUCCUGAGUCUGUUUUCUGCCACCUUUGCCUCUGCAGAGAUGGUCCCUGCGACAAUAGGGACAUGGCUCUUGAACUGUCAAGUCAACGAUCAUCUGAAAGCUGGUAUGCAGGCCUUGUUCAAAGUUUCGUCCUGCAAGGAUGAGAUUAACUCCACAGUUCAUCUCAGUGGAAAGAUUAGGAAGUAUUUCAUUGCUGCUGAGAAGAUUUGGUGGGACUACGCACCGUCAGGGAUGGACAAACUAACCAAUGAGUCGCUGACCAAACCUGGGAGCGCUUCAGAGAUGUUCUUCGGGAUGAGUGGUGGCCGACUUGGUGGAAAGUAUUGGAAAGUGGUUUACAGAGAAUAUACAGAUAAUAGUUUCACUUUAAAGAGAAAACGAACCAGUGCUGAGGCUCAUCUAGGCAUUUUGGGUCCGGUACUGAGGGCUGAAGUUGGAGACACCCUUCAGGUGAUGUUUAUGAACAAGGCUGACAGAAUCUACAGUAUCCAGCCUCACGGACUCCACUACGACAAACCCUUUGAGGGUGUCUUUUAUCAGGAUGGUGAGACUUUGUUUUCCACCAUCUGAAACUUACGCCAAUCAAAAGGUUUGUUCGGCCCUAGAGAGAUAAAUGUCUUUGAAUGUACUGUAGGUAUAAAGAGGAAUGGAUAUCAGGUUCAGCCAGGUGAAACGUUCAUGUACAGGUGGCAGUUGAGGGAGGGACCGUCUGAAAGUGACCCUCCAUGUAUUUCCUACCUGUACUUCUCCUCCAGCGAUCCAGUCAGAGAUACCAACUCUGGUCUCAUAGGCCCACUGCUGGUUUGUAAGAAAGAUGCACUUGAUUCCAAUGGUGCUCAGAAAGACAUCAGUCAGGAGUUUUUUCUGCUGUUUACUGUGUUUGACGAAAAUCUCAGCUGGUACUUGAAUCAGAACAUUGAAACCUAUGACACCAAUGAAUCAGAAUUAGAGAAUAUGGAGUUUUGGGAGAGCAAUAAAAUGCAUGCUGUGAACGGCUUUAUGUAUGGGAACCUGCCUGGCCUUGAGAUGAAUAAAGAGUCAGUGGUCAGAUGGCACCUGAUGGGACUUGGCACAGAGAUGGACAUGCAUGGUAUUUACUUCCAAGGCAAUACCUUCCAAAGACAGGGAACAACUCGUGACACGCUGGGCCUGUUCCCACACACUACAGUCACGGUGUCCAUGCAACCAGAUGUCAGUGGUGUAUUUGAGGUGAGCUGUCUAGUCUCUGAUCACUAUGUUGGUGGGAUGAGACAGCUGUACAGAGUGAUGGGCUCAGAGGAUGAGGACAUCUCAGUGUUAGAGUCUCAAAUAAUAGAGUAUUUCAUCUGUGCUGAAGAGGUAGAGUGGGACUACUCACCAGAUCGCACGUGGGAGCUGGAGAACUUCAACACGACUGAGGACAACAGUCCUGGCAGUUUAUUUGUGGGAACGGGAAAGAACAGACUAGGCUCCAGAUAUAAGAAAGCAGUUUAUCGAGAAUACACUGAUGCCACCUUCAGGACAAGGAAACUGAGACAGCCUCAAGAGGAACACUUGGAGAUUUUAGGACCUAUAAUCCAAGCUGAAGUAGGUCAGGUUUUGCUGAUCACAUUCAUGAACAAAGCCAGCCAUCCUUACUCAAUACAGGCACAUGGAGUAAGGACCUUUUCUAAACCAGAGGCCAUCAUGCCAGGAAAUAUGACUCAGUACCGGUGGAUCAUUCCAGUGAAAUCUGGCCCAGGAGAGUCUGACCCAAACUGCAUUGCAUUUGCCUACCGCUCAGCAGUGGACUUUGUUAAGGACACAGCCAGUGGUCUCUUUGGGCCAUUAAUAAUCUGCAGGAGAGGUGUACUGGACCAGGACAGACAGAGAACGGAUGUGGAUAGAGAAUUUGCUCUCCUCUUCAUGGUGUUUGAUGAGAAUAAAUCCUGGUACCUGGAGGAAAACAUUCAGUCCUACUACAACAGCUCAGAACCUCUUCUGAGAGAUGCUGAGUUUCAGAAAAGCAACAAGAUGUAUGGGAUCAAUGGGAAGCUCUAUGCAAACCUUCAUGGUCUAGAAAUGGUGGAAGGAGAAAGGGUGGUUUGGUACCUGUUUGCGAUGGGCAAUGAAGGAGACAUUCACACCGUCCAUUUUCACGCUGUGACCUUCACCUACAAGGCAGAUGAGGCUCACCGUACUGAUGUGUAUGACCUGAUCCCAGGAUCAUUUCAGACAUUGGAGAUGGUGGCAGAGGUCAAUGGAACAUGGCUUCUGCACUGUCAUGUUGCUAACCACAUCCGUGCUGGAAUGGAGACGACUUUUAUUGUCAAACCCCGAUCAGGUGGUGGCAGUGUGAGGACAGAUUUAAGCAGUCUUUGCUUUCUGCUCACAACUUUCAUGCUCAGACUGAUAUGCUGAUCUUUCUGUGGACAUAUACUACUUGACCACAAUCUCAACAGAUUUAUUUCUAAC